AUGAAAAAAAGAUUAUAACUAUAACAGUUGGAUCUGGCUGCUCCAAAGAAGCAGACUGGCCCUUAUAAGCAAUUCUUGUGUGAACAAUUAGCUAUUUAACACCUUAAAUAUCCUCAAAGAACAAUAGAGGAAUUAACUAAAUUGAUAAAUCUUAUGUGGAAGGUGAGAGAAAAAAAGAAUAAUCAAUUGUAUUUUUAGCACAAUGGAUACGUGAACAUCAGUGAGACAGAAAGGGUGCCUGUUCCUCAGCCCUCUCCUCCGGUGUUGAUAAUCUUCCAAAAAAACAUGAGGCAACUCCUCGAGUUUACACAUCCAGAGUAUAAUGCAGAAUAGGUGGAUCACACCAUUAAAUUCGAAUGGACUUUAAAUUCCACCCAAAGAUAGAAAGCAGCUGAGGAAUUCAGAUAGUUGAGACAAGAAUUCGAGAAAGAAAAGAAAGAAUUUAUUAAUAGGUAUGGUUUCUGGCCUCAACAUAAAAAAUCUUCAGGUGAGUAUUUUGAUAAGACCAAAUAAUCUAGCCCAAAAUUGGAUCCCCUGGCUUUAAAUCUAAUGAAAAAAGUCAAAUUGGAAUGAAAUUAAUGAAAAAUGAGAAUAAAAAUACAAAACAAAAACAUACUUUGUAAAAUCUAGAAAAAAUGCAGAACUUUAAUCAGUUCUCCUUCUCUCAUAUCCAGAUAUUGGAAUUGCUUCAUUUAAAAUUAAAUUUUUUCUUUUCACCAAAAAGAGCGGGAAAAUAAAA